UCAGGAUGGACAGCAGCUUCAAGGACUGGAGGAGGCUGAUAUCAAGUUCACAUUGACGCCUGUCGCUGUGAAGAGUGAAGAAGAUGAAGAGAAACUUAAAUCUUCAAUGCGUCAUCCAAGUGAGCGGAAGGAGAACAGAGCGGACUGUGGAGGACCAGAACCAGCCAGGAACUCAGGACCUGAUGGACUUUUACAACCAGGUCCUGAGGACAAGGCUCAAGACUCUUCUGAGACUGAAGUCAGUGAGGAUGAUUGGAUGGAGACCAGGGAAACUCAGACUGGUUUAAAUACAACAAAUAAUAAACAGCCUCUAAGUGAUACGGGAUGUGAGACAGAAAAAAAACCGUUUAGUUGCUCUGAGUGUGGUAAAAGAUUUAGUCAAAGACACCAUCUAAAUACACAUAUGAGGAUUCAUACAGGAGAGCAACCGUUUAGUUGCUCUGAGUGUGGUAAAAGAUUUAGCCUAAGAUGCAAUCUAAAUUCACAUAUGAGGAUUCAUACAGGAGAGAAACCGUUUAGUUGCUCUCAGUGUGGCAAUAGAUUUAGACGUAAGGACAGUCUAGAUGCACAUAUGACGAUUCAUACAGGAGAGAAACCGUUUAGUUGCUCUGAGUGUGGUAAAAAAUUUAUCCGAAGGAGCACUCUAAAUGAACAUAUGAUGAUUCAUACAGAAGAGAAACCGUUUAGUUGCUCUAAGUGUGGUAAACGAUUUAACAAUAGGAGCAUUCUAAAUAGACAUAAGAGGCUUCAUACAAGAGAGAAACAGUUUAGUUGCUCUGAGUGUGGGAAAAGAUUUAGUCGAAGGGACUGUCUAAAUAUACAUAUGAGGAGUCAUACAGGACAGAACCCGUUUAGUUGCUCUGAGUGUGGUACCAGAUUUAGCCGUAAGUCCGUUCUAAAUAGACAUAAGAUGAGUCAUACAGGAGAGAAACCGUUUAAAUGCUCUGAGUGCGGUAAAAGAUUUAGCCGUAAGUCCCAUCUGAAUAGACAUGAGAGGAGUCAUAACGGAGAGUAACCGUUCAGUUGAUGAGUGGUAAAAGAUUUAAGAUCCAGUCCUAGUGUACGAGACGUGAUGAUUCAUAAAGGAGAGAAGUGAUUCAGUUUCCACCCUUGCAACAAAAUUUUGUUAGGACAUAU